AUGGGGUCAUUCACUUCCAGGCGCCGGCCCAGCAGGUUCUUUGUACGUACAAGAAAUAAAAGCUUGCAGGUUGUUCAAUGUCUGGAGAAUACCGGCAACUUCUUCGCGAGAAGACUGACUAAAUCAGCCUUGGCCAUGGUUGUUCAAACUCUUCCAUAUCGAUUUUUGCUGAAAAAUUUGCCGAUCCUGGAGGUGGCAGCUGAAAAGUGGAUGCAUCCAGGUACUUUUGUGUGA